AUGACGGAUAAUGAUAAUUUUACUUUAUCCGGUAGCAACGCCAUAUCCUGGUACCUUUCAAACGAAAACCUGAAAAAAUGUACUCACGGUGAAAAAUGUCAAAUUUUAAAUUGGUUGUCAUUUUCCGAAUCGGAAAUGAUUCCUCUCGUGUACAAUUGGGUCCUACCCAUGACGGGCAUCGAUUUCGAUUUGAAAAAUAUCAGGGAAGUCAUCAAACGUUCGAAAGAGGAAACUCAUUCGGUUUUGAAAAAAUUAAACGACAUUUUGUUAUUGAAAACGUUUUUGGUCGGUGAAAGGAUUUCGUUGGCCGACAUUUCUAUUUUUUCCACUCUUUUACCAUUGUAUCAAAUAGUUCUCGAUCCUAAACAAAGGAAACAAUACGUAAAUGUCAAUCGAUGGUUUAAUACAAUUUCCCAACAGUCGCACGUUCGAAACGUCAUCGGGAAAAUUAAAUUAUGCGAAGUCGAACCGAGUUACGUGGACAAAAACCUUUCGGGGAAAAGUAAAAAAGAAAGCGGGGAAGGAAAACAACAGGCGAACAAACAAAACAAGGAAAAGGUAGAGUCCGGGGAUGCAGAGUCGGGGAUCCCCCCGCAGGAAUCGAAAGAAAAAGAUCCAUUUGCUAAUUUUCCCAAAAGUCAUUUCGAUUUGGACGAUUUCAAAAGAUUUUAUUCGAAUAAUUCGGAAGACAAAUCAAUUCCUUAUCUUUGGGAAAAAAUUGAUUUGGAUAAUUAUUCCAUUUGGUUUUCCGAAUACAAAUACCCGGAAGAAUUGAAACAAAUUUUCAUGAGUUGCAAUUUGAUAACGGGAAUGUAUCAGAGGCUGGAAAAAAUGAGGAAAAAUUCAUUCGCGUCCGUUUGUCUUUUCGGUGAAAACAACGACAGUUCGAUAUCCGGGAUAUGGAUUUGGAGAGGUCAAGAUUUGAUAUUUUCACUGAGUCCCGAUUGGCAAGUUGAUUACGAAUCGUAUUCGUGGGAAAAAUUAAAUCCGAAUGAUGAAAAAACAAAAUCCCUCGUCAAACAAUAUUUAUCUUGGACGGGAUGCGAUGCAAAGGGAAGAAAAUUCAGUCAAGGAAAAAUUUUUAAAUAA